AGCAACCGGGCGAUAGAAAGCCAGAGGGAUAUCGGUAGAGAGGGAGGAAAACAGAGAAGGCAAGAUGGCUGAAGUAAUGGAAUUAGCCGCCCAGAUUCCCCCGGAAGAGAAAUCUUCGUCUGGGAUCAUGCUGUUCAAUCGGUGGACCUACGAUGACGUCCAGGUAACUGAUUUAUCAGUUGAUGAUUACAUCACUGCUACUGCUGCCAAGCAUCCUACAUAUACUCCCCACACUGCUGGAAGGUAUCAAGCAAAGAGGUUUAGGAAGGCACAGUGCCCAAUUGUGGAGAGGUUGGUUAACUCUCUAAUGAUGCACGGAAGGAACAAUGGUAAGAAGCUAAUGGCUGUCCGAAUCGUCAAACAUGCAAUGGAGAUAAUCCAUUUGCUGACAGACCAGAACCCAAUCCAAGUCAUCGUGGAUGCUGUUAUCAACAGUGGUCCACGAGAAGAUGCUACACGUAUCGGAUCAGCUGGUGUUGUUAGACGUCAAGCUGUUGAUAUCUCACCUCUUCGCCGUGUCAACCAGGCAAUAUAUUUGUUGACCUCUGGUGCACGUCAAAGUGCCUUCAGGAACAUCAAAACCAUUGCCGAGUGCCUUGCCGAUGAACUCAUCAAUGCUGCUAAGGGUUCUUCUAACAGCUAUGCCAUCAAGAAGAAAGAUGAGAUUGAGAGAGUUGCAAAGGCCAACCGUUAAGGGGUGGUUCUGUUGGGUUUUCUUAUAACUUCAUGUUAUGAAGUUUGUUUUAUUAAUUGGAUGAGGUUUGGCUGGUUUGACAAGCUUCUAGAGUUCUAGAUAUUGGUUAUGAUCCAGUUUUGAACUUAAGUUGAUAUUAAA